AUGCCCAAAGAACUUAAUGUGAUACGAUCAAAAAGAAAAGAACCCACUCCUCCACUACCUCCUGAAAAUAUUGAAAAUAAAUAUUGUGGAGAACAUUUAAAUUAUGAUACAAAAGAAACAAUUAGAGAGCGAAUUCCGUGUCCUUAUGAUUUAUCACAUAAAUGUAAUUCACGACCCAAACCAAAUCCUCCUUAUUUCACUCUGAACAUUAAUUGUACACUUCCGAUUCCCCAAAAUGAAGAAAGAUUUUCACUUUCAGAGUUGAAUAACGAAUCAUUAAAAAAAUUAAUUGCAAACGUGAAUAAUUGGUAUGAUCAAUUUGCACAGGAAAUUAAGACUUUGAUAUUAGAUCAUGAAGCUGAAACACGGCAAAUGGCUCGUUUAAAUUUAUUACAAGAAGAAAAAUGCUUUAUCGAAUUUGGUAGUGGAAAAGGUGAAUUAUCUUAUUUCACAAAGCUUGCAGUUAAAGAUCACGAGGGAAAAUCUAAUUUUAUUCUUAUUGAUAGGAAAAUUACCCGUUGUAAGUUUGAUUCAGCAAUUCGUGAUGCAACUGAAAAGAAAUCAAUAGUAAAACGAAUUGAAAUCGAUAUCAAAGAUUUAGAUUUAUCAAAACUUGAUAUUAUAAAAAAUAAGAAAAUUGUAGCAUUUUCUAAACAUCUUUGUGGAUCAGCUACCGAUAUUACAUUAAAAUCAUUAGUAAAUUAUUCUAAAUCUGAUAUGGAAAAAAAACCAAUUGAUGGAAUAAUUAUAGCAUUAUGUUGUCAUCAAUUAUGCCAAUAUCAUAUGUAUCCAUAUCAUGAAUUUCUUCAAGAAAUUGGAAUUACUAAAGCUGAUUUUAAAGGAAUAUGCGCAAUGAGUAGUUGGGCUAUUUGUGGGCAAAGACCAGAUAAAUGUAAAGAAGAUAAUAAUGAAAAUAAAGAUGAUGGUGACAGUAAAGAAAAAAAUAAGAAUUUAAUAAAGAAUGAUGAUGAGGAAGAACAUUUUUAUCAUGAUUCUAUGGAAUUUACAGAGGAAGAUAAUACAAGACUUCAUUAUUCUGGUUUGGAUUAUCAUACAAGAGAAGCAUUGGGAUAUAAAUGUAAGAGAAUAUUGGAUUUUGGUAGAUAUAAAUAUUUAAAAGAAAAUGGAUUUGAAACUGAAUUAAUUUAUUAUGUUGAACCUGAAACUUCAUUGGAAAAUUUAGCAUUGAUAGCUAUUCCUAUUAAAACAAAUUAA